GCACCGCCUCUUCUUGCGGCCUCCUUAAUUCACGCAGCGGUCAGUGAGAUGCUCCAAACUGACCUCGGUGAUUUUAAAAAACAGAACCUAGAAGAAGAGGAAGCCGGUGACAGUGGGACAUGCCCCCUUCUGGAUGGUGGUCCUUUGCAACGCUAUUUCUUUAACAAACUCUUGGAGAUUUGCCGCAAAUGGCAGAAAGAGUUACCCGCCUUGAAGCCAUCUAAGCGCUACCUUCAGAUUUCUGUCCAUGCAACCCGUAAUACUCGACGGAAGAUGGAAGAUAGACAUGUUUCCCUACCAGAAUUUAACCAACUUUUCGGCCUGGAGGAUGGUGUAGAUCGAGCCUACUUUGCUGUCUUUGAUGGUCAUGGAGGGAUCGAGGCAGCUAAUUAUGCAGCCACCCAUUUGCAUGUCAACCUGGCACAUCACAAGGAGCUUCUGGAAAAUCCAGCAGAAGCUUUGAGAGAUUCCUUCCAGAAGACAGAUGAGAUGUUCCUAUCAAGGGCCAGGAGAGAGAAACUGCGCAGCGGCACGACAGGCGUGUCCUCUUUCAUUGUGGAGGAUAAACUACAUAUAGCAUGGCUUGGAGACUCCCAAGUGAUGCUGGUCCAACAAGGGAAGGUUAUCACUCUGAUGGAACCUCAUAAACCAGAACGAGAGGACGAGCGACAACGCAUAGAAGCUUUAGGGGGCUGCAUAACGUACAUGGACUGUUGGCGUGUUAACGGCACCCUGGCGGUUUCCAGAGCUAUCGGGGACCUAAUGCAAAAGCCUUACAUCUCCGGCUGUGCAGACAGUGCAUCGUUUGAGCUGACGGGGGCGGAAGAUUAUGUCCUCCUUGCGUGUGAUGGGUUCUUCGAUGCCAUCCAGCCUGUUGAGGUGGUGGACCACGUUCUAGAGCACUUAAUGGAAAAACAAGGAGAUGGCCUUCAGACGGCGGAGAGGCUGGUGGCUGUGGCUAAACAAAGUGGCUCUACCGACAACAUCACCGUCCUGGUGGUGUUUCUACGUGAGCCCAAGGACAUUGUCACCGACUGCCUCAGAGACCCCAAAAGCUGCCCUGCGGAUGAUGGCGCAGCAGGGUCCUUGUUUAGCUUCUUCAGCCCCGGAGCAAACAACUGAAAGAGCGUCGCUCUGAAAGCCACAGCCUUUUCUAAUGCCCAACGCCCAGAUGUGAGCAAGUUCUUAAAAAAUCUUCUCCAUUGGAAGAAGAAAGGUGAGGCCUGGAUUGGACGCCUGGGUUUAUCACGGAAAAGAAAAUCCAUCCAGUUCUCCCUAACCCCAGGCCAUGCCUGGGUCGUACAACUUCAGGCUACAGCUGGAGAAAUGGUAGGAUAGAAGGUCUAGCCUUCUGUUGAAGAAACCAUUGGGAGCAGGGAAGGCAAACUUAACCUUCUCACUGGCUUGGUUUUGUACGGGGAAGGGUUGGGGUUUAUAUGGAAAAGGUGUCAGUCAGGCUGAAGUGAUACAGCUCAAGCCGAUCAGUAAAAAAUAGGGUUUGGGUAAAUUGGUGGUUGAAGCCCUUGCUUCUCGAGAAGUUGCGUGGUGGGCUCCCAUCUCUUGUCUCGGGAGAGAGCGAAAGGUGUGCUUGAGCGAAUAACUUAGGAGGCCUUGUUGCGAGAUGCUUAAAUAGCAUUGGACGGAAAGGGGGCUGCGUUGGGGUCUUUUUGAAAUUACAAUUUAAUAAGCUAGGGCUUGAUUCAGUAUUAAAUCCAGACGGUUGGAAUAUCAACCGUCUUGUUCUGAGUGCAAGAUUCAGGUGGCGCUUUUGUAUACCAAAGAAAAUAGCCAAGAAUGUCAGCUAUGAGGUUUAAGAAAAAAAAGUUGAUAAAAAAAUGAUAAGAAACUACUGUCCCC